AUGAAAACUGAAAAAGGUGCUUACAAAUGUACCCAAAAAUUUUGCAGCAUGUCUUAUGGUUACGCUAGCUCACUCUCAAGACAUAUUACCAAGAAACAUGCAGGUGCUGUAAGAAAUAAAUCUGCUUCAAAUAAACCAAUGGUAAUGUGCCGCCACUCUGAUUGCACUUUCCUCUGCCACACAAAACACCGUCGUAGACAUGAAAAGUGUCACAAAAAUCUUUGCAAAGACCAAGAAUGUCCCGCUUGUACCAAUCCAGAUCAAUUUAAAAGAGGUAGAAAACCUAAACAUUUGGUAGAUCCUAAAAAUUCCAUAAUUUCCUCUAGACAGUCGAACUACUGUUCAAUUCAAAAUUUGUUUAAAUAA